AUCAAAUCACUAAGUUAAUUACAAUACUGCAAAACGCUGAAGAACAAACCACUCUUGUCCAGAAUGAGGCUUUAUCAACGGUGCGACUGCGUCCUCGCACAGAAGGGGAAGCGUGUGCACGAGCCCCCGAAGUAAAGUGCGCGGAGGGGACGCAGGCUCCCGGGGAACGAGCUGCCCUCGUCUGGAGCCUCCGCACUCACUCCCGCUGUCGGCGGAGAAUCAAACUACAACUGCACGACCGCGGGCGAGCCGCCACCGGGCUGUGCCGGCACCUGCAAGCCGACUGGCGCCUUUACCGUCACGACGACCCUCCCAGGUGGGCACUUUUAUUCCUAUUUUCCAAUAGAACGGGGUUUCGGAGACGCAGCCCCAGGCGCGAGCGGCGCUGAGGCCGGAACGGGGAUGGCACCUGGCAAGCUCUCUCACACCACGACGGCAGGAAGAACGACGGGACGCGAGCGAAAAGAAUAAAAGGGACCGGGGCUGCAACGUGAAGGGGUGAGAAAAGCGGGAAACCCAGGGACAGAGAAGGUGCCGCCAAGCCGUGCGCCAGCUGCUCGAGGGCUGUGGACGCAGCGGGCAGCGGCACCGGAAGUCGGGCAGCGGCACCGGAAGUCGGGCAGCGGCACCGGAAGUCGGGCAGAGGCGCCGGAAGUCGGGCAGCGGCGCCGGAAGUCGAGCCGCGGUUCCAGGACCCCGCGCCGGAAGCGGCUCGUCAGCGCCGCCUUUCUCUGCGGAGCGGGCUUUCCUGGGGUUCAAGCUGCCCGGUGGCCACGCGGUGGUGCGAGCCGCUCUCAAGCGCAUUUGCAGGUCACAAUGUCGCACCCUUCCCCCCAGGCCAAGCCCUCCAACCCCAGUAACCCCCGCGUUUUCUUGGACGUGGACGUCGGAGGGGAGCGAGUUGGUCGAAUUGUCGUAGAAUUGUUUGCAGAUAUUGUACCCAAAACUGCAGAAAAUUUUCGUGCGUUGUGUACAGGAGAAAAAGGCAUUGGCCCCACCACUGGGAAACCUCUGCAUUUCAAAGGAUGCCCUUUCCAUCGAAUUAUUAAGAAAUUUAUGAUUCAGGGUGGCGACUUCUCAAAUCAGAAUGGGACAGGUGGAGAAAGUAUUUAUGGUGAAAAAUUUGAAGAUGAAAAUUUCCAUUAUAAGCACGAUAAGGAGGGCCUGCUGAGCAUGGCAAACGCCGGCUGCAACACCAAUGGGUCCCAGUUCUUCAUCACGACCGUCCCAACGCCUCACUUGGAUGGGAAACACGUGGUGUUUGGCCAAGUCAUUAAAGGAAUGGGUGUGGCGAGGAUUCUGGAAAAUGUGGAAGUGAAGGGGGAAAAACCUGCCAAAUUGUGCGUUAUUGCAGAAUGCGGGGAGUUGAAGGACGGGGAUGACUGGGGAAUAUUCCCAAAAGACGGUUCUAGUGACAGUCAUCCGGAUUUCCCUGAGGAUGCGGACAUCGAUUUAAAAGACGUAGAUAAAAUUUUAUUGAUAACAGAAGACUUAAAGAACAUUGGAAAUACUUUUUUCAAAUCCCAGAACUGGGAGAUGGCUAUUAAAAAAUACACAAAAGUUUUAAGGUACGUGGAAGCGUACAAGGCUGUCACCCAGGAGGCCGACGCUGCCAGGCUGCAGUCCGUGGCUUUAAGCUGCGUGCUGAACAUCGGCGCCUGUAAACUGAAGAUGUCCGACUGGCAGGGCGCGGUCGACAGUUGUGUGGAGGCACUUGAAAUAGACCCAUCAAACACCAAAGCCCUGUACCGGAGGGCCCAGGGAUGGCAAGGAUUAAAAGAAUACAAUGAAGCAUUGGCUGAUCUUAAGAAGGCUCAGGAGAUUGCACCGGAAGAUAAAGCUAUCCAGGCAGAACUGCUGAAAGUCAAACAAAAGAUAAAGGCACAGAAAGACAAAGAGAAGGCAGCGUAUGCAAAAAUGUUUGCUUAGUAAGGAACCCAGCUUUGCUUAACUACACGCUGGUUGUGCAAAGGGUUUUGUGUGUUCCGUGCGCCUGAUGUGUUCCCUUCGCCUGAUGUGUUCCCUUCGCUACGUCAGCCCCACUGUGUACAGCCUGGGAACACCCACAGGGACUCACUCUUAACACAUACAGGGAAGUUGAUGUUUUUAAAAGUGGCUGUGUGCAUUAUUCACACGGAAUAAUGGUGUCCAGCCUCUUUAAACCCCUGAAGACAUAUCUUCUCUGAAUAAAGAGAUGGAAGUUUGA